AUGGCUGCAAAUUUUCCAGUUUUCUCUAUGUUUUCUAAGUUGUCCCUUUUAGUCUUCAUCAAUUUGUUCUUUUAUCCACUCAUUGAAGGAAAAGAUGGUGGUUUUUCUACUCAUCUCAUACAUCGAGACUCUCCAAAAUCCCCCUUGCGUAAUCCCUCCAACUCCUUCUUUGAAAUGCUUAACAAAUCUUUUCACCGUUCCUUCGCUCGAGCCGAGUAUUUCAAGAAAAGAGUCUCCCAAUCUCGUUCCAAGCAUUCGUCAAAUUCUUCUUCUGCUCCAAUCCAAUCCCACAUCACAUCCGCCGGUGGGGAGUAUCUGAUUAAAGUAACCAUCGGAACCCCACCGGUUGAUUUCCUAGCCAUUGCUGACACAGGCAGCGAUCUUACAUGGAUACAAUGCAAGCCCUGCAAACGAUGCUACAAGCAAGACGCCCCUCUUUUCGAUCCUAAUAAAACAACAACUUAUCGACAUUUGUCAUGCAACUCCCCGUUGUGCUCUGAUCCUGGAACUACAUUUUGUGAUUUUAGAAAUAAAUGUGGGUAUAGAGUUUCUUAUGGAGACGGUUCUUUUAGUAAUGGGGAUCUUUCUACAGAAACUUUUACGUUUGAAUCCUGCUCUACCAGAAAUGUAUCAAUCCCAAAUGUUGCUUUUGGUUGCGGGCAAGCAAGUGGUGGCAUCUUCCAGGAAACUUCGUCUGGGAUAGUCGGUCUAGGUGGUGGAGCAUUGUCGAUUAUCAAGCAAUUGAAUGGAUCAAUUGGUGGUAAAUUUUCAUACUGUUUGGUUCCCAGAGAUUCGAACUUUUCAAGUAAGAUCAAUUUCGGUAGCAAUGCUGUUGUUUCAGGCCCUGGAGUUCUUUCGACUCCAUUGAUCAAGCAGUAUACAGAUACAUUCUACUAUCUCAAUUUAACAGGCUUCAGCGUUGGAAAUACAAGGAUUCCAUAUGAUGGUUUGUCCAAGCCAGACAAUUCUUCCCCUAAUGAUUUUCCGGGGGGUAACAUUAUUAUUGAUUCUGGAACAACGCUAACAUUUGUGCUUCAGGACUUUUACCAAAGAUUGGAAGCUAAAGUUAUCAAAAUAACAAGGGGUACACGGGUUUCUGAUCCAGGAGGUCAGUUUAGCCUUUGCUAUAAGGUUGAAAAACGUCUCAAGAUUCCCAAAAUUGUUGCUCACUUUGCUAAUGCUGAUAUAAAAUUACCUCCAGAUGGUACAUUUCUUGAAGUGUCUAAGGGGAUAGUUUGUUUGGCUAUAGUUCCAACUGAUGGUAUUGCAAUUUUUGGGAACGUGUUGCAGAUAAAUCAUCUUAUUGGAUAUGAUCUUGUAAACAAGAAGCUCUCCUUCUUGCCAACUAGUUGCACCAAAUAUAAGUAG